UUCGUGGGAAGAGAUUUCACACUACAACUUUUGCGAGGAGAACACGUUGGUUGGGUUGUCAGACUUUGAAAAGCGUUCAUAAAAUAAAAUAAUAUCGUGUCGUAGCAUAAAUUAAAUUGGAAUGGACGAAGGGAUGAAGCAGCAGGGUCUGAAUUUGGUGGAGCAUGUUGGUCAGUUGGUCAUGCCGGGGGAUGAGUUUUCUAUGCCGCAGGAUCUGUCAAAACUCAUCCUCGGUCCUGGACUCAAACUAAUCACGGAUCGACGCAGCACUUGGGAGGAGGGAGGGGUUGGCACAAUCCUGGCCUGCAAACCCGGUGUCCUUGCCAAGGUCAAGGGGAACACCUUUUUCGUCGAGGUCAAAUCCAAGCAGUAUGACUCGUACAAGAAGGAUGAUGUUCUAGGUGUGAUAAAACAAAAGGGAAAAGGAGACCAGUACACCUGCGAUGUUGGGACAAAGGAACGAGCACAUCUUUCAAAGUUUGCUUUUGAAGGAGCCACGAAAAGAUUCAGGCCAGACUUACAGGUGGGUGAUGUCAUUUACGGAAAAGUUGUCGAGUUACCUCCCGAUUUCCCAAUGGAACUCACUUGUGUUCAUGGGACGGGAAAGUCGCUGGGUCUUGGUGUGUUGGAAAGUGGUCACGUUUUUCAGAUCCCAGUUCAUUUUACCCGACUUCUUAGAAGCGCCUCGGACUCUGUUAAUGUGCUCAGAAAAAUCGGGAGGAUCGUACCCUGUGAGACAGCCGUGGGUGUGAACGGGUUGAUUUGGGUGAAAGCAAAGAACGCUGUCCUUACCAUCUUGGUCUGUCAGCUCAUCACCAAACUCUCACAAAGUAGUGUGGCGGAACACGAACAAAUUCUUAAACAGUUUAGGAAAGGAAUCUCCAGUUUAGCAAUGUAACAGUAUUAUUAUUGUUGCAUAAUAACCUCGUUUAUAUCUACACAUAUAAUAAGUUAUUUGGUAGUAAAAUUGUGUGUACAAAAACUAUUAUUGGGAAUUAGCUGUUGAAUAAAUGGUAUUUUUAUAUGCGAUUGAGAAUUUAA